AUGACCGGCCGAGACGCGCUUUCCGACGGGCGCGCCUGGAGCACGGCGCUGGUACCCCGCAGCGCCCGCCCUGGCCCACGCCCCCGGGGCUUCGCCAUUAUCGACCUGCUGGGCCUCGAGGCCGAACUGCCGGCACCAGUCGUCCCCCGGCCGGGAUCGGGCUGCGAGGGCCCUGUGGCAGCGCCCUCCCCGGGCCCGGGGCUCGGCGGUUCCUGCCUGGCGCGCGGAACCCUCCCGCUGGGGCUCGGCCUCCUCUGCGGCUUUGGCACGCAGCGGUCCGCGGCCGCUGGAGCGCCCUGCCUGCUCCUAGCCGACGUGCCGUUCCUGCCGCCCGGGGACCCUGAUCCCGCCGCUCCACAGCUCCCAGGCCGCUCGCACCCACCGCCCCCGCUCGACGGCGAGAAGCGCAGCGAGAGCGUCUCGGCGUCGGAUGAGGACAGCCUAUCAGAAGGCAGGAGUGACCUGAAGGUGUCCACUGCCCCAGGCAAGCGGAAGAAGCGGCGACACAGGACUGUUUUCACCGCCCACCAGCUGGAAGAGCUGGAAAAGGCAUUCAGCGAGGCCCACUACCCCGACGUGUACGCCCGGGAAAUGCUGGCCGUGAAAACUGAGCUCCCCGAAGACCGCAUACAGGUCUGGUUCCAGAACCGGAGGGCCAAGUGGAGGAAGCGGGAGAAGUGCUGGGGCCGGAGCAGCGUGAUGGCUGAGUAUGGUCUCUACGGGGCCAUGGUGAGGCACUCCAUUCCGCUCCCGGAGUCCAUUGUCAACUCCGCCAAGGGUGGCCUGGUUGGCUCCUGUGCCCCAUGGCUCCUGGGGAUGCACAAAAAAUCCAUAGAGAUGAUAAGGGACCCAGAAGGCAAAGAAAAGACUUCAGGACUCUGGGUCUCGGACCACCUCCCCAAAGACUCCAGCCCAAGUCAGGCAGGGUCCCAGAUGGGCUCAGACAAAGCAAGUCCCGAGGACAGCCUGGAGUACGUGGCAAUGGAUCUCUCCAGCUCCGCUCGGCAGCAGAGGGCCGGCGCUCAGGGAUGCUCGGACCCCGCGGGACUGGAGGGGCUCCAGGGGCUCCAGCCUGGGAAAGUGGGAGCCUCAUGAGUCCCACCUGCACACGGCGGAAAUGAGCAAAUUUGUCAUGGCAUUUUUCAAAAGACAAAAGUUGUCUAAGACAGAUACUCUCAAUCUGAUUUUCUUCUCCUUUUGGUGUCUGGAUAAAUCUCAAUGCCACUUGCUUUUAAAAGACAAAUUUAGAGAGAAUUCCAUCUCAUUCUAGAAUGGAAAUCAUUCCUUACAGGCUCUUGAAUCGGUUAAAUUGGUGUAAAAUUUUGAUUCUCUUUUGUAGAAUCCGAAGAAGGAGGAUUUAAAGUUCAAACAGCGUUUUGAAUGCUGGACAUUGUUAAGAUUCAGUUCAAUAUAUUGUGUAGGUUCAUAGGUUUAUGUCUGAUGUCCUCACUCUGAAUUUGACAACAUAAAAUUAUUUAACCUCCAGAAGAAUCAGAUAUCUUUAUGAAUAGUGAGGAAUUCCUAAAGCCAUAUGAAUGAUUUAUAGUAUUUUUUAUGCUUUUCACCUUGAACUUGGCUUUGGACAUUUCAACAUUCUUGUUAUGCAAUAGUUUUGUGAUCUCUUUGACUGUCAUUUGAUAGAGCAUAUGUAUGGGAAAUCAUAAAUAAGCUAUAAAUAAAGUCACACUUCCCUCCUCCCCCUUCUGAGGUAGCAUGGGACGAUACUUAAAGAAUUGCUGAAUAUCUGUAAAACAGUGUUUCAAGGAUAGACCAGACUGCCUAGUCUUUAUAUUUAUGACUGAAAGCACUUUAGUGAUUUGGAUUUUAAAAAUGUUUCCUUUGCUGUAUCUU